AUGCAGGGAUACUUGUUAACCUACCUCAAAGCUGCACUUCGAGAUCUCAGAAAGCUGCCAAAUGAACUUCAGAUGCUUGAGGAAGACCCUUCAGAGUAUGAAGCACCUCAGGAUGGCAACCUGGUGUAUAAGCUGUUCAGUUUGAAUGAUCUGUUGUUACUUGUGCGUUGCAGUGUGCAAAAAGUGAGGACAGUGCCACGAUACCAUAAAAAGAAUAAAGCGCGAAAGGUUACUCCAAUAUUCCUGUUGCCAAAACUAGAAUACCAAGCCUAUUAUGGUGUGGAAGCUCUUACAGAAAGUGAAGUGUGUCGGUUGUGGACAGAGAGUAUGUUACAUUCUGAAUGCUUAUUCUAUAUUGGACGUAUUGAUGCUUUUACGUCAAAGCUUAUUAUGCUAGAAAAGAUUUCUCCAGAAGUUUUAAGAGAAAAACUUGGAUUGAUUAAGCCUGCAAAUUCCUUAAACAUACUUCAUCACGUCUUGAAGAAAGUUUCCAAUUUGCAGGAAGGUUCUUAUUUAUUGACCCAUGCUGCAGGAGAUUCAUCAGUUGCCAUUUACAGGAGUUCUCUUGACAAGACGAGAGCAUCAUAUAACUUACAUAAAGCUCAUUGUGAUCUGCCUACUGUACCUGCCACUCUUUCAGUCCCAUGGGUGCCACUAGAUCCCAGCCUUCCUUUGCCCUAUCACAUGAGUUGUGGAAGAGUUCCAUGCACCUUUCCACCUGCACCCCAGGAAGCCGUGUGGAAACAGAAGAUGACUGGGGCGAAAGGACAAUCGGACACACCCUAUGAGGGAGAGCCCGUAGCUAUGGAAACAAAAGGCAAUCCAGCUAAGCCUGUUAGAACUGAAGGUGUGGCUAAAAAGAAGCUGAAGAACAAUUACUGCAAACAAAGAAUGAUGAAGAAAAAGUGGAAAAUUAAGUACAACAAAAUGCAACUCAA